CCAGUUUAUCUUUCCUUCUCGCUGAAGAGAGACACACAGACUGACAAGAGACGAUCAGAUUCACCGUAAGAAGAAACCAACGACGUCCUCUGAUUGAUUCUACAGGAGAGAAAAGAGGGAAACUACAACCGAACGCUCCACAGACUGAAGCUUCGCUUUGAGACCAAAUGGCUUCCAGAUCCGAGGAGGAUCUCUGCUGUCCGGUCUGUCAGGAAGUCUUCAAGAACCCUGUUGUUCUGUCAUGUAGCCACAGCUUCUGUAAAGUCUGUCUGAAGAGCUGGUGGAGAGAGAAACAAGCUCAGGAGUGUCCAGUUUGUAGGAGAAGAUCUUCUAGAUCAGAACCACCUUCAAACCUGGUGUUAAAGAACCUGUGUGAGUCCUUCUCAGUGGAGAGAGACAAGAGAGCUUCAGAGACUCUCUGCAGUCUGCACUCUGAGAAGCUCAGACUCUUCUGUCUGGACCAUCUGCAGCCAGUGUGUCUCGUCUGCAGAGAUUCACAGAAACACACGUACCACAGAUUCAGACCCAUCGAUGAAGCAGCUGUAGAACACAAGAAGAACCUUCAGGAACCUCUGGAGGCCUUAAAGGAGAAGUUAAAGCUCCUUGAACAAGUUAAAGUGACGUGUGAUCAAACAGCAGCACACAUGAAGGUCCAGGCCCGAGACACAGAGAGGCUGAUUCAGGAUCAGUUUAAGAAGCUUCACCGGUUUCUAAAGAAGGACGAGAAGGCCAGGAUCUCUGCUCUGAAGAAGGAAGAAGAGCAGAAGAGUCAGAUGAUGGAGGAGAAGAUGGAGGCUCUGAGCAGAGAGAUAGCAGCUCUUUCAGACACAGUCAGAGCCACAGAGGAGCAGCUGAGAGCUGAAGACAUCUCCUUCCUGAACCACUACAAGGCUGCAGUGGAAAGAGUCCAGCAGCGCCCCCUGCUGGAGGACCACCAGCUGCCAUCAGGAGCUCUGAUAGACCAGGCCAAACACCUGGGCAACCUGACCUACAACAUCUGGAGCAAGAUGAAGGAGAUGGUCUCCUACACUCCUGUGGUUCUGGACCCAAACACUGCUCAUCCAGGACUCAUCCUGUCUGAAGAUCUGACCAGCGUGAGACGAGGAGAGAGACAGAAGCUUCCUGAUAAUCCAGAGAGGUUUGAUGAACGCUGUGUUGUUCUGGGCUCUGAGGGAUUUAACUCAGGGACUCACAGCUGGAAUGUUGAAGUAGGAGACAGUAGAUUCUGGUAUCUGGGUGUGUUACCAGAGUCUGUCCAGAGGAAAGGAACCGUACUGUCUGGGAUAUUGGAAAUAGUGUUCUAUGAAGAUGAAUACUAUGCACGGUCACCAUCAGCUCCAGCCACUGUUCUCUCUGUGCAGAAGAAGCCUCAGAGGAUCAGAGUGCAUCUGGACUGGAACGGAGGGAAGCUGCGUUUCUCUGAUCCUGAUACUAACACACACAUACACACCUUCACACACACCUUCACUGAGAGGAUGUUUCCAUUCAUUUACACAGUAGAUGAAGUGAAGAUCUCACCUCUGACGGUCUUUGUGACUUUGGAUUAGAGCAGAUAGAGAUGAAGAUCAUAAAUGUUUUCAUGAUGUUUCUUUUUAACAUGUCGAGCUGCUCCAGUUAUUCUGUUUUAUUAAUCAAAAGAAACGUUUAUCUUAAUUAUUAAUUAUUUUUGAUUUGUUUAAAUGUUUGUUAUUAAGUUUGAAAACGUUAUUUUUGUUUCUAUCUUUAAACUUUAUUACAACGUCUUCAUUUUGAUGACACUUUUGUUGAAGCAGCUGGAUUCAAUAAUCUUAUAUAAUAAUCUUCAUUAACAGCUCGCAGUGAGUCGUUCAUCCAUAACAAAGAGUGUGUGUUCUAUUUGAACUCAGUGGUUCUCAUCUUCACGUUGGUUCAGUUUGCCUCUUUUAUCUGAAUCAUAUGAUUUUAAAUGUAAGUACAUGUUUUAUUAUAACAAUACAGAUGUAUCAAUAACU